UCCAUCUUCCAAAAUUCCCUUUUAUAACUAACCAACUAUGAAAAACUGAUAGUACUUCAUUAAAGAAUGUCAAUGGAGAGAGAGAGUGGUGAUGCAAGUUCCCCCAACACGUAAUUUGACGUUGUUGGAUGGUUUAAUUACAAAUAUUAAAUAAAACCGUCCAAUAAUCAAAAUUUCCUUAUAAUCCCACAUCAUUAACAAUGAAAUAUGUUGUUGGUCUAAAGAAUGUGGAUGAAGACAGAGAAAUGGGGGUUGAAUUUGAAGUUCAUCCUCUUUCUCUCGCUUCUUUAUGUUGCUUUAUCAGAGGACUUUCACUCCCAAGGAAGUCCAAUCAAGGUGAAAGAUGGGUGCACAAAGUGUGAGAAUAAGGUGGAAGAUGCCGAUAAAUAUGUCUGUUGUGGAGACUGUACUUACCCAGAAAUGAUAUAUGAUACCUCAUCAGGGUACUGCAAAAGUGGCGCACAAUUGAUUUUACAGCCAAAACCUAAAGAGGUGUUUAAAUGGGUUGCCGGACCAUGGUCAACGUGUUCAAUACCUUGUGGUGAUGGGAUUCGCAGACGAAGAGUUGAUUGUUUUGCAGUCAUCGAAGACACAGCUUCCCUUGAUUAUCCAGUAUAUGAUGAUCAUUGCUUAAACCAAGAAAAGCUCGUUGUACAAGAGCCAUGCAAUCUACAAAGUUGUGUUGCAGAUGUAAUAAGCAAUAAUGUCAAACAAAAGGGAAGACAUAGUAAAACAUCUAUGUCAAUUAUCACAGUUCUCAUCUUCCUUGGAAUUGUUGCUGUUGUUGUUCUUGGAAUUGCAGGUUUAGUUUUUCACAGAAGGAGAACAUGUAAUGAAUCAGGUUAUGUUUACAUCAUGAUGGAAGGAUUUACAUGAGAUUUAGUUGCACUAUGGCUUUAACUCUUUUGAUAAAAAGUUUUCAAUUGAUUUACAUUAUUCUUUGAAGGGGUAAAUUGAUUAACAUCAUGAAGUGUAAAUAUACAAUCAGAAAACUACAAAUUUGAGAUUGUUGAGAUGUAAAUGUAGUUAUUAUA